AUAGCCCGGAAUUUUUUGUGAUGUGCAAGGACCAGGUAAUCGUUAGUUACUUUGCGACUGCUCUCUUAUUCACUCCUCUUGCAGAAGCAGAUGUCAAGUUUAAAAUAUGGCCUUCUAAUCCAACCUACGUUAACAAUGGAAGCACUGCCAAACUGGUGUGGGACUACAGUGACCCGAACAAUGAUAUCAGAGGCAUUGCCUUUGAUGUUCUGGUGAAUAGUAAUCGAGGUAAAGAAUUUAAAAGAAUUCUGGUAAAACAGAAUGGCGUUGUUCAAGAACAUCCAGAUAUACCUUCUGCUUACAAAGGGAGAGUCAGCAUAGAAGGGGCUGCCUCUCUAGUCAUCGAGAAAGUAACUCCCACAGACAACACCAUAUUUGGAUGCAAAUUAUUUGAAAGUAGGACUAAUCCUCGUAACCAAGUUCGGAUUAUUGUUGCAGAGCCGCCAACGAUAAAUCUGUCACCAGUGCACGGCAGUUAUCGAGAGGGUUCCGUUGUUAAUCUCAGCUGUACCGCAUCGGGGAUUCCAGAGCCAGAUAUUACAUGGAUCUUAGAUGGAAAAGUGAUCAGUUCAGGGCAGGGAGCGGCGCUUUUAAAGUUCAACAGUCUAACAAAGACAGAUGAUGGAUGGUAUACAUGUAGAGCAAACAACACGGCUGACACCAUAAAUAAACACAUAAUACUCCUGGUCUACCACCCACCAACAAUAGAAAAUGUAACCUCGUCAAGCAGUAAGUCUUGGAUUGGUCACACUGUGACUUUAGAGUGUAAGUCAAAUGGCGUUCCUACACCAACGCUCAUCUGGUACAAACCUGAUGGAAGAGAAAUAAACAGAGUCAGAGCUAGAGAAAACAAAGUACAAGUGACGCCGAGGAGUGAUCAAGAUUUCGGUGAUUACAAGUGCAUUGCUGCCAAUGGACUGAGUCCCUCUGACGACACAACAGUAAAAAUAACACAGAUAAAAAAACCAGGCACACCAUUCAUAGUAUCAUCAGAAGAGAGUAUUCAAGCCAGUUCACUAACAGUACGAUGGACCGCACCAGCUGAUGAUGGAGGAAGUCCUAUCACAGGAUACAUGGCGAUUAUACUAAAGGGUGACGCUGAGAUAAACAGUGUUAAUGUUACUGAUCCUGCCAUAACAAGUUACACCUUUGGGGGUCUGGAAAGAGAUACAAACUAUGCAGUGAAAGUGAUCGCAAGGAAUGGUCUGUUUGAAGGAGAUCCUAUUGUAACCACAUUGAAGACAAACUUUGAAGGUCCACCGGCAGCGGUGGAAAUAUAUGGCCUGCCCAGUGAAACAACAGAUGAUGAGAUCACCUUGAAGUGGAAGGAGCCAGAAGAUAAUGGGAAAGAAAUUAUACAGUACACUCUGUACCAAAGAUUAGUCACUAACGGAAAAUUAGGAGAGUGGACAGUCGUAAGGAAAAUCAUGGAAGUUUCAAUCAAUGAAUUGACAGUCAAGUUGGAGAGAGGCAAGGUGUAUGAAUUUACAAUCACUGCCACAAAUCAACUUGGUGAAAGCUUGGUUGACGAAACGAAGAUCAAAAGAUUAAAACUUGUAGAUCUGCAAAACAACAACCGGAUAGCCAAGGAGGAAUGCAAGUGCUCAUGUCAUGACGUCAUUUAUAUUGCCAUAAUUGGAGUACUUGUGUUAAUAAUCCUUCUGUCAUUCAUUUACAUUCUCUGGUUACACAAGAAAGGCGCUGGAGGAAAGCAGAGGGUGAAAGAUGAAAAAGCCUAUGAGAAAGAUAUUGAGUUAGAAGACCUGGAAUUAAGUUGUCCUGAUUCAAGCGAUAUUGCCCAGCAUCCCGCAGAGUACAUUGAUAUUAAAGAAACAAGCUUAGAUGAUACUCAAACUCAAACUGCUGGCCAAGUUACUGAUUACGCAGCACUUCUUCCAUCAACACGCUCCUGGGAAGUGUCAAAGGAUCAUGUGAAAAUAGAAAAAAUCAUUGGUAAAGGUGCUUUCGGCCAGGUUGCAAAGGGAACAGUUGAAAACCUUUGCGGAAGGCCUGGUAGAACAACGAUAGCCAUCAAAAUGCUCAAAGAUGACGCCUCGGAUUCGGACGAGAGAGAUUUGGAGAAAGAACUUGAGACAAUGAAACAACUAAAACCACAUCCACACGUCAUAAAACUUCUGGGAUGUGUUACGGAAACUGAGCCUCUGCUGGUGUUGAUCGAAUAUGUUCCUUUUGGAGAUUUGUUGGGUUAUCUGAGAAAGAGCCGUGGAUUAAAUGAUACUUACUUCAAGGACGCGGAUAUCAAACCACAAUCAAAUCUGACGUCACAACAGCUGAUGAAGUUUGCUUGGCAAAUCGCUGAUGGAAUGAGUUACUUGUCCUCAAAAUCUAUUAUCCACCGAGACCUCGCAGCCCGCAAUGUGUUGGUUGGGGAGAACGAAACAUGCAAAGUAACAGAUUUGGGAAUGGCCAGAGACGUACAGCAGGAAAAUGUUUAUGAAAGAAAGACAAAGGGUCGUCUUCCAGUAAAGUGGACAGCUUACGAGGCGUUGUUGUAUGGCACAUAUACCACCAAAAGUGAUGUAUGGAGCUAUGGAAUUCUCCUUUAUGAGAUUUUCACAAUAGGUGGUUCCCCGUAUCCACGGAUGGAUGGCAAGAAAAUUGCGAAACUACUUCAGCAGGACUACAGAAUGCCUAAACCACAACAUGUGGAUGAUGAGUUGUACCAGAUCAUGAUGAGAUGCUGGCAAAACGACCCGGAUGUUCGACCAAAAUUCACUGAGUUAAGAAACCAGCUUAAGGAUAUGGAAACCAAACACAAGAGGCUGAUCAACAUGAAAAUGUACGACAAGCAGUUGUACGCAAACGUUGAGGACUUAAACGUAUAGUCAUCAAUCUCUCCUAUUUGUCUGAUGCUGGAUUUGCAAUAAACGCGUAGAUUUUUACUUGUAGUUAGCUAGAAAUAUAACUUGUUUGAAAGAAGCUGAAAUUCGAAAGAGUCACAUGAAGGGAUUCAUUACGGUAAAACUAAAGUGUGACAUGUACCAGUCUAUUCUCAAUCCUUUUAACUCCUUUUAUUCUCAUGAUAACAAUGCCCUAUAGAAACAGUUUUUAAAUUGUGUAUGUGUAAUUUUUGUUUUUUGUUUUUGGAAAAAUGAGUGCAGAGAAAGAUACGUUUUUGAAAAAUAAAGUAACAAAAGCACUAUAAUGCUGACUAAUUUGUCGGAACUUUGUGUCACUGUCCCUAAAAGUCCACCAGUUUCCCAUCUCCUCAUUAAAAUUAAUAAAUAAAUUAAGAAAAGAAGUGAGGCUCAGUGUAAAAAUAGGACAUAGAGCAGCCUGUUCAGUAUCCUUUAUUUAACUUUUUUUUUUCUCCAUUCAGCAGAUAUUCCGAAAGCUUCUAGUGCCAAUCUUCAUGGUAAACGAUCAUGAAAAAAUCAGGAAACGUUUAAGUCUACAGAUCGUAACUUUUAAAAUUCGGAAAAAAAAAUCUCCCUUUGGAGAUAGUGUUGUGGAACGAGAUACGACUUAGCCGGUAAAUUUC